UUUAGAUCAUGCAAUGAAGUCCUCAGUGGUUGACGAGAAUAUAUCAGAAGAUCAUGGUCUACUUAUCAAGGCAUUGCUAGCCGCAAACACAAAAAUGGAUUUUCUCUGUCGACCUCCUCCACGUGUGAGGAUCAAGCCUGUGCGGUCUCACUCGCUGCCGCAUCCUCCAGUGGUCGUGUCCUUUCUCGAUAUUGACGCCGCCCGACAUCGUCACCAUCGUCAAUAUCGGCACCAUGAUCGAUCCUUCUUUCCAACCUUCUUUGAUGAGGUGGAAGGCGGAGAUCGUGAUGAUGCAGGAGAGGGAGGAAAAGACGAUGCUGGUGGCCACGAUCUUCUUGCAGAAGCAAUCGCCGCAUACGGCAACGAGGAAGACGAAAACAAGGAUGACUUUCAAAGACCGGGACAACUACCGCCAAGACCUAUCUCCUAUGCGUCUGCGCUUUCGAGAGUGACGCAUCAUUUGCCAACCACAUGUCAACAGAGAGGGAAAGCAAAUAAUGUUUGCGAUGUCAUGGGCCAGACAAUCGAAAAACAUUAUAAGAGACCGGCAGAGGACUUCUAUUUUCUUGGUAUCUACUUUAUAACUUUAACUUCGUUUUACUUUCAUCUAGGCUCGCUUAGGGUUGCGAUAGUCUUCUUUCUGCUCUGAUCAGUAUCCGCUUAAGCAUUCACUUACAUCAUGAAUUCCUCAUUUACAAACCACAUUCCCUACCACAGUUAUGACCCUCGUCAUCCAACCACGCAGGCGCCCGACCCGGUGAAUACGGCCGUCCACCGAUGAUAGCGCCAGCCGUCGCAGGUAGUCCCAGCGCAGCGGUUGUCCCACUGCCUGGCGCCUUCGAUCCCAGUAUGCAACUACAAUCGGCAGGAGCCUUCGCAGCAGAGUCUAAACGUGCCGCACUUUACGCUAACGAAAUGUUAAACUUGGGAAAACACAUGUACAAGAUAUAUUUGACCAAAUUGGGUCAAAAUUUUCGGCACUGGAAACCACGGAUUAGUGCGACGAUUGGAGCGGAUAGUUUUCCGCUUUACUAGUUGCCAACAUCUUCGCUACUGCCCAACGAACAUCGUCUUCGAAGAGCAAUUGAUGCUACUCAGCAAAAUCGAAGAACGAGUACCAGCAAAAGAUGCGACACCGACGGCGAACUCGUUUUGCCGUGCCAAUUCGCGCUACCACCGAGACCGACACACGCGAGAAUUUGGCGACGACGCUGAAUCUAAAAAUAGAGCUCAAGGCUUGAGCCCGAGUGAGAACAGAGAUCAUCAAUGUCUGUGCAGAGAAGAAUGGAUAGCGCCGCGAUGUCUGCUAAGCACCGCUGGCGCUGGGCACGUCAACAAGACAAACUAUGGGUUAAGAUGUGAGAAGUAAGGAUCUAGAGCACUACGUUUCGCUUCUUUUCACACGACACACCGAUUGAUGACCAGAAAGACAGAAACAUUGGAACUCAUAUUUGUACUACGACCAGGACAUCGUCAUGACAGCCUGCACAGAAAAUUUUGUAGCUAUAGUACCAACAAGUUCCACUGACUCGGGUGGUUUUUAGCAU